UCAGCGCCCGCCGGAGGAGCGGCGGGGCCGGGGCAGGUCUCAGGUGCGGGGCUGCACGGGGUCCCUAUAGGCGGUCUCCGUACGGUGUAGGGGGUCUCUACAAGAGAGCCUGCUGGACCGCGGAGGCCGCUCGUAGCUGAUCUGGAAGCGCUGUAGGUCACUGUGCCAGCCUGCGGGGAAGAUGAAUGGCUGCGUUUCACACACACUCUGCCUGUCCCUCAUCCUGGUGUCCCUGCUGAGCAAUGUCCUUGCUUGGAGUAGUCAGGAUCUCCAUUGUGGAGCUUGUCGGGCCCUGGUGGACGAGCUGGAGUGGGAGAUCUCCCAGGUGGACCCCAAGAAAACCAUCCAGAUGGGGUCGUUCCGUAUCAACCCGGACGGCAGCCAGUCGGUCGUAGAGGUGCCCUAUGCCAGAUCAGAAGCUCACCUGACGGAGCUGCUGGAGCGGGUCUGUGAGAAGAUGAAGGAGUAUGGGGAGAAGGUGGAUCCCUCCACCCACCGGAAAAGCUACGGCCGCGUGAUCUCCCAAGACGGGACCAAGAUGGACCUUUCUGGGACCAAAAUAGACGGGGACGUGACGUCCCGCCUGAAGUUUGCGUGCGAGAGUAUCGCCGAGGAGUAUGAAGAUGAGCUCAUUGAAUUCUUCUCCCGUGAGACCGACAACGUCAAGGAUCGGCUCUGCAGCAAGCGGACCGAUCUGUGCGACCAUGCCCUGAACAUCCCCCAUGAUGAGCUGUGAAGGCGAAGGCCUGGAUCAAACUGGACAUCCCCUGUAGCGGACUCCUCCCCUACCCGCCAGCAUUGCCCUGAGAACCUCGCUGUGUGUCACUUGGAAACCCCAGUCUUCGCUUGGGGCGGAAAGCAGGACAGAAGCUUCCUUUGGAGGGAAAGACGUUGUCCUUCUCCUGCCCCCUUGAGAUUGCUUGACUUUCAAUCUGCCUUUAGGCUGUCGAUAUUUCCUCCCUCAUCCCUUCCCUAAGGAGAUGGACAGAUGUUCCUGUAGGGUCCAGAGUCUCGAUUACUCUGGUGCUUUUUGUCUUAUUUAUUUUGGUUGAGCUUCCACUGUAACUGUCGUGGGGUGGGAGUGUCAGCUCUUGGGAAGAGGAAAGGGGGCCAGGGACCAGGACUCCUGGGUUCUGUUCCAGCUCUGAGAGGAGAUGCCCAUGCCUGGCGCUGCCCCUCAGAGAGCAUCAGGACUCUGAGUUCUAGCCGGGCUGCUGGAGUGAGACCUCCCAGGUUUUAUUCUGAGCAGCAAUGUACUCUAGUGGCUACAGUGCAGGAGCAGGAGUCAGGACUCGGGUUCUCUUCUGGCUCUGACGCUGUCUCGCUGUGACCUUGGGCAGCUCACUUCUCUGUGGCUUUUCUGACUGCACAGAGACUUCUCCACCAUCAUCCGUCCAGAGGGGACACUUCCAGCUGCCAGCAGCAGGAGCAGCGGUUAUUGAGCUCAGAUGACAGCCGGCGAAGACAUGGCCGAGUCAGCGCUCUGCUAGUAACAUCUGCACGCGCAGGGUGGAGCGAUCCAGUUUUCCAAGGGGAGUCGUGUGACUUUGAAGGGCUUGUUUUUAAAUGCCUCAGGUCUGUUUCCUGAGGACCUCUUUCUAGGCUGCAGGUGGCUGUGAUCUCUGACGGGGGGCAGCAGAAUAAACCUCUGGCCACACUGCAGCUGGAACUGCUCA